AUGUACUUAGAGGCUGAUGGAGAAGCCUAUGGGUAUGUCGUUCACGAUGAAAGUAAUGUUCAGUUUUUUGGAAAAAAUACAAUAAAAUCUGAAUCAGGUGUUAUUGAAUUUUCAGAAAAUAAAGAGCAUUACAAUAGAACUUCAUCGUAUGUGAAGCAUAAAAUGGGUUCUUCUAAAGUAUUAUUCGCUAGAAAAAAUCCAAUAAGAAAAGGUCGUUUGGUAGUAGCAAAAGAAGAAAAAAUAAAUUUGCCAUUAACCCAACUUCAAGUUAUUGCAAAACAUACAAAACAGCAAUGUUAUGUAGCUACAAAAUCAGCAGAAGUUACCUCCGCUCUCAAUUUGUUUGAAAAUCAAAAUUGUUUAUGUAGUUUAUACUCUAAACCUUUUAUUAAUAAUUCAUUAAAUAAAAAUAUUGAGGUUCAGGACGAACAUAAAAAUAAAAUUUCAAAUGAUUUUAUAGAAGAAAACAAACCUUAUUUGUAUCUUCACGAAAAUGCUGUAGACGAAAACAAAUUUAUCCCAAUAAAUAAAAACUUAAAAGAUUUUAAUACCCUUUUAACCAUACAUGGAGAAAGAGGUCCCCCAUUUUUUCUUUAA